AUGUAUUCCGUGAUCGUCAACUGUAGUCUGGGCCACCUGGAGAACUGUCGCUGUCAACCCAAGAACCGUCAGAAAGUGCGCUCAAAGCCAAGCGAGAAGACUGGAAAUUGGCAUUGGGGAGGAUGUAGCGACAAUGUCGCAUUCGGUGACUUGGUAGCGAGACAUUUUGUCGACGCACUCGAAGGGAAACGAGGAAACACGAAUGAUGAGAGAAGAAUGUUCAAUUUACACAACAAUAAAGUUGGCAGAAAAGUAAGUUUGGUGUACCGAUUUUUGAGCAAUUCUAACCCUCGCAAAUUUUGCCCAAAACUCUGAAAAAGAAUGAGUAUAAGCACAAAAUAAAGCAAUAACAGACAAAAAAAAAAACAUGUACAGAAAUCUGGAUGGGCAAGAUUACGCCAGGAUUGAGAUAGAUUGUAAAUGGCAUCUUGAUGAAUUGUUGUUUCAAGUUUUAGUCAUUUUUUAUGAAAAUCUCAGUUACAUGUUGCGCGGAAGUUCAAAGUUGUUUAAUAUGAUUCAUAUAUCAUAACUUAAUCCAUUUACAAUGUUUAUUUUUAACUUUGUAGUUCAGUUUUUUAAUUAAAGGCAUUUUAGGUCAAAAAUCGGUGACAUUGCCCCUUUAAGUUUUCUUCACUCAAGUAUUUUAUUCCGAUGCAGGAUUGAAUGAAAAUGUGAUUGAUUGAAAGGGAAAAUAGUUCUACAACAGUUGAACCUUUAGUAGACCUCUAGGGAGAACAGUUUAGAACUGAUAGAGCUAGGACCAUAGAUAUCUUAUAUACACUAGAUAGUGCAUCUAAUUAUUCUGCAAUUCGGAAAUUGAAGCCGUGAUUGCAGUCUCAGGUCGUUCCCAUGAAAUGAGAAGAUUCGUAUGUUUUCUAUUUCUUAAACAGGGAACUUAAACAUUAAGUUAACCCUAUUCCAAAUACGUUUUAAACUAUUCAAAUGAUGAAAGUUAUUGUUGUUUUUAAGCGUUUAUUAGCAAGUGGGAACGACCAACAUGGCCGCCAUCUAUUCAAAUGGGGGUAACCGCUGGAAUAUUCUUGGCUUCAAUUUUACUAAAAGAGAUGCGCUAUCUAGUGUAUAUAAGAUAUCUAUGGCUAGGACGAACAGCGCUAUCCACCGGAUAGUAUAUGAGUGAAACACAUAAAAAACAUAUAAAAAAAUAAAAAAUUGAAAAAAAUAAAAAUAACAAAAAAAUGAAAAGUUUAUAAUAAAAAAUGGAAAAAAUUUUGAUAUUAUAUUUGAUAAAUAAUUAAACUAAAUAACGAUUUAUAAUUAAAGUAUAUAUUUAAUUUAUAAUAAUUAUAAUAAAAUAUUAUAAUUUUAAAACUAAAACUAUAUAGUUAAAAUAUAAUCAUAAUAACUAUAAUAAUUAUAAUAAUUAUAAUAAUUAUAUAAUAAUUAUAAUAAUUAUAAUAAUUAUUAUAAUAAUUCAAAAAAUUUAUAUUUUUAUUAAAUUAUGUAAUAAGAAUAAAAAAUUCCUGAGCUUGUAAAAUUAGUUUAGUUUACUGAUCUCCCCCCGAAAUAAAAAAAUACUAACAUCAUAAUUUUUAUUAUUCAGAUUGUAAAAGCAACCACAAAGAAAGUGUGUAAAUGUCAUGGUUCGUCGUCAUCGUGCACCAUGAAAACUUGCAUGAAGAAGCUCGAGACCUUUAACAAAGUUGGUCAAGUGUUGUACGAGAAAUAUACAACUGCCAUACGUGUUAUAUAUCAUAAUGGUUCCCUGCGUGAUGAAGCAAACAAAACAGUUACAAAAAAGAAGACAAAGCUCAUUUAUUACACACCAUCACCUGAUUAUUGCCAUGCUAACAGGACACUUAAAAUCGCAGGAGUCGAGGGGAGAGUUUGUGAAGCCGCAACUAACUCGGAUUUCAAGAAAUGUCGAAAACUUUGCGAAGACUGCGGACUAAAAAUGAAACUUCAGGCCGUAACACGGAAAGUAAAAUGUAAUUGUAAAUUUGUCUGGUGUUGUUUUGUCAAGUGUGAUGAAUGCAAGAAACAAGUCUUCACGGCAACCUGCGUCAGAUAA